CCUCCUUUCGCACGUAUAAGCAUACGUGCGAAGAGCACCCAAUUUUCUAACAGCCCAAGGAGGGGACAGUUAUCUUUGAACAAGGAAGAUGGCGGACUACGCGUACGGGCCGGGGCGGAACCACCUGUUCGUGCCGGGGCCGGUGAACAUCCCGGACCAGGUGAUCCGCGCCAUGAACCGCCAGAACGAGGACUACCGCUCGCCGGCGGUGCCCGCCCUCACCAAGACCCUCCUCGAGGACGUCAAGCAGAUCUUCAAGACCACCACCGGCACCCCCUUCCUCUUCCCCACCACCGGGACGGGGGCGUGGGAGAGCGCGCUGACGAACACGCUGUCGCCGGGGGACCGCAUCGUGUCGUUCCUGAUCGGGCAGUUCAGCCUGCUGUGGAUCGACCAGCAGCAGCGCCUCAACUUCAAGGUGGACGUGGUGGAGAGCGACUGGGGCCAGGGCGCCGACCUCGCCGCGCUCGACUACAAGCUCCGCGGCGACCCUUCCCACACCAUCAAGGCCAUCUGCAUCGUCCACAACGAGACCGCCACCGGCGUCACCAACGAUCUCUCCGCCGUCCGCAAGCUCCUCGACAAGCACAGGCACCCGGCGCUGCUGCUGGUGGACGGGGUGUCGUCGAUAUGCGCGGUGGACUUCCGCAUGGACGAGUGGGGCGUGGACGUGGCGCUGACGGGGUCGCAGAAGGCGCUGUCGCUGCCGACGGGGCUGGGCAUCGUGUGCGCGAGCCCCAAGGCGCUGGAGGCGAGCAAGACGGCGAAGUCGGUGCGCGUCUUCUUCGACUGGGCCGACUACCUCAAGUUCUACAAGAUGGGCACCUACUGGCCCUACACCCCCUCCAUCCAGCUCCUCUACGGCCUCCGCGCCGCCCUCGACCUCAUCUUCGAGGAGGGCCUCGACAACGUCAUCAAGAGGCACACCCGCCUCGGCACCGCCACCAGGCUGGCCGUCGAGGCGUGGGGGCUCAAGAACUGCACGCAGAAGGAGGAGUGGUUCAGCGACACCGUCACCGCCGUCGUCGUGCCGUCCUACAUCGACAGCUCCGAGAUCGUGAAGCACGCGUGGAAGCGGUACAACCUCAGCCUCGGCCUCGGCCUCAACAAGGUCGCCGGCAAGGUCUUCAGGAUUGGCCACCUCGGCCACCUCAACGAGCUGCAAUUGCUGGGCUGCCUGAGCGGAGUCGAGAUGGUGCUCAAGGACGUCGGCUACCCGGUGAAGCUCGGCAGCGGCGUGGCGGCGGCGGCGGCCUACCUGUCGAAUUCGACGCCUCUCAUCCCGUCCAGGAUCUGAGCGCCGCCGCUCCGGCCGGCCGGCCAUCUUGCCCAUCACCAGCACGACGAACGAACAGGCUCAGCAGCCAUGGUUCUGAACGGAACAGAUGCAGUAAAUCUAUUGCAUAUACUUGGUCUCUGUAUGUAAAGUUAAUUUUCAUACGCUCGAUCGAUCAGCUAAGGAGUAUAAUUUUGUGAACUGCAGCUUUAAUUACUCUCGAACUCGAUGUAUACAGCAAUGAACAGUUAAUUAAUCGUCACAUUCCAUAA